AGAGAGAGAGAGAGAGAGAGAGAGGGAGAAAGAAGGAGGGAGAGGAGAAAGCGGAGGGGGGGUAUAUAAGAAUGGUAGGUGGGAGUGGGGUCUGACCGCAAAGUGUCUACUGUUUAAGAGAAAGGGACUUCUCCCCCCCUCUCUCUCUUUCAGUGGCUCCCUCUCUCUGGCUGCAGCGCCAGCAGGCUCCCUGCCUCCGUGGAUCACUACUGCUGAGAGGGGAAAAAAGAGAGAGAGAGAGUGAGUAAGAGAGAGAGAGAGAGAGAGAGAGAGAGAGAAAUGACACAACUUGCAUCUCUCUAGGGAAAAAAAGACAGCUCAGAGAAAAAAAAAGUCACAAAAAGAAGCUUUGCAGAGAUUUGAAGUUUGGAGUGGCACAUAGUAGAAUAAAGAAGAGCGCAUCCUUUCAGACACUAAGUUCUAAAGUUCCAGUCAAAGAAGAAAAGUACCUUCUUUUACACUACUGUUGACUGAAUCAAGCAUCAGAGUGAGAGAGUCAUCAUGGGGAUGCGAGGCCUGCUUCUGGCCUAUGUCACUAUGGCCAUUCUGUUGGAUCUCUCCAUGGCUGGCCUGCUGAGGAAAGUGAUCAGGCACAGAAGAGAGUCGCUAACUCCACCCAAAUCCGAGAACACAACCCUACCUGAUCCAGACCAACCAGUGGUCUUCAACCAUGUAUACAACAUCAAUGUCCCAACCGGAUCCUUGUGUUCUGUGGACCUGGAUUCACCUGGAGGAUCAGAAAUGAAGCCCAGGUCUGUCCAGUCUGAGCAGCACAUUGAGCACACUGUGGAUGGAGAAAACCAGAUAGUCUUCACACACAGAAUUAACAUACCCAAGCAAGCUUGUGGGUGUGAUAACCAAAUGCCAGACCUUAAAGAUCUGCUAAACAGGCUAGAGAUGUUGGAGGCUGAAGUGUCUAGUCUGAGGGAGCAGUGUACCAGUGGGGCUGGCUGCUGUGGAGCUCAAGUUACAGGUGAGGUCGCUACCAAGCCAUAUUGCAACGGUCGUGGCAACUACAGUAUUGAAACCUGUAGUUGUGUGUGUGAGCCCGGCUGGAAAGGGCCCAACUGCUCUGAGACAGAUUGCCCUAAUUUCUGCCAAGAUCAAGGCCGCUGUGUGGAUGGGAAAUGUGUCUGUUUUGAGGGCUUUGGUGGAGAGGACUGCGGAAUUGAGCUGUGCCCUGUGGAUUGUGGCGAAUUUGGCCAGUGCAUUGAUGGGGCUUGCAUAUGUGCAGAAGGUUACAUGGGUGAGGACUGCUCCAUAACCAAUUGCUUAAACAACUGCCUGGGUAGGGGACGCUGUGUGGAUGGCGAGUGCUUGUGCAAUGAGCCAUGGACGGGCUUUGACUGCUCAGAGCUUAUAUGUCCUAAUGACUGCUAUGACCGUGGUCGUUGCAUCAACGGGACCUGCUACUGUGAUGAGGGCUUCACUGGGGAGGACUGUGGGGAGAUCACCUGCCCAGAUAACUGUAACAAUAAAGGCAUAUGUGUUAAUGGUCAGUGUGUCUGCAAUUUCGGCUAUAGCGGAGAAGACUGCUCCAAGCUUACAUGUCCAAAUGACUGCAACGAGAGAGGCCACUGCUUCAAUGGGAGAUGUAUCUGUGAUCCUGGCUUCCAAGGUGAGGACUGUAGCAUCCUCUCAUGCCCUGAUAAUUGCAAUGACAGGGGUAAAUGUGUCGAUGGGAAAUGUGUAUGUGAUCCUGGAUACCAAGGUGAUGAUUGUUCUGAGCUCUCCUGUCCCAAUGAUUGUCAUAACCAUGGACGCUGUAUUGAUGGAAAGUGCAUUUGCAAGCAAGGCUUUGCAGGAGAGGACUGUAGCAUCAAAACAUGCCCCAAUGACUGUCAUGACCAUGGUGAAUGUGUGGAUGGCAAAUGUGUCUGCCAUGUUGGCUUCACAGGUGAAGACUGCAGUGAGAUGACUUGCCUUAACAACUGUCACAACCGAGGACAAUGUGUAAAUGGUCAGUGUGUGUGCAAAGAAGGAUUUACUGGGGUGGACUGCAGUGAGUUGACAUGUCUUAACAACUGUCACAAUCGUGGACAAUGUGUGAAUGGUCAGUGUGUGUGCAAAGAAGGAUUCACUGGGGUGGACUGCAGUGAGUUGACAUGUCUUAACAAUUGUCACAAUCGUGGACAAUGUGUGAAUGGUCAGUGUGUGUGCAGCGAAGGAUUUACUGGGGUGGACUGCAGUGAGUUGACAUGUCUUAACAACUGUCACAAUCGUGGACAAUGUGUGAAUGGUCAGUGUGUGUGCAGAGAAGGAUUUACUGGGGUGGACUGCAGUGAGUUGACAUGUCUUAACAACUGUCACAAUCGUGGACAAUGUGUGAAUGGUCAGUGUGUGUGCAGAGAAGGAUUUACUGGGGUGGACUGCAGUGAGUUGACAUGUCUUAACAACUGUCACAAUCGUGGACAAUGUGUGAAUGGUCAGUGUGUGUGCAGCGAAGGAUUUACCGGUGAAGACUGUAGUGAAUUGACAUGUCUUAACGACUGUCACAACCAAGGACAAUGUGUGAAUGGUCAGUGUGUUUGCAGCGAAGGAUAUACUGGGGAGGACUGCAGUGAAAAAACGUGUCCCAACAACUGCCUGGAUCGUGGGUAUUGUGACAAUGGACAGUGUGUCUGCUAUGUGGGUUACACUGGCAUUGACUGCUCAGAGAUGACCUGCCCAGGAAACUGCAAUGACCAAGGCCACUGCUUGAAAGGCAUGUGCAUCUGUGAUUUGGGAUUCACUGGGGAAGACUGCUCUGAAAUCACCCCACCAAGGGACCUUGUUGUGACUGAAGUCACUCCAGAGACCGUGGAUGUGAAAUGGGUCAAUGAAGUCGAGGUGACAGAAUACCUAAUCACCUACAUGCCUACUGCUCCUGGUGGUUUAGAGUUAGAUAUGCGAGUACCUGGUGAAAAAAGGUCUGCUACUAUUAGGGAGUUGGAGCCUGGCGUGGAAUAUUUAAUCAGUGUCUAUGCUGUUCUAAAUAACAAGAUGAGCAUUCCUGUGAGUGCCAGAGUGGCAACACAUCUUCCGGAGCCUGAAGGUCUUAAGUUUAAAGCCGUGAGAGAGACAUCGGUGGAAGUUCAGUGGGAUCCUCUUAAUGUCCCCUUUGAUGGUUGGAACCUCAUCUUCAGAAAUACAAAAGAGGAGAAUGGAGAGAUUUUGAAUGAAUUGUCUCCACCGGAGACUACCUUUGAGCAAUCUGGUCUGGGCCCUGGCCAGGAGUAUGAAGUUAAACUUGAGGUAUUAAAGAACAAAACUCGUGGACCUCCAGCAAGCAAGAAUGUGGUUACAAUGAUUGACGCUCCUAGCCAGGUGGAUGUCCGAGAUGUAACGGAUACUACUGCUCUGAUCACCUGGUUCCAGCCCAUAGCUCAGGUGGAUGGCAUCUCUGUGUCCUAUGGCCCUAUCACUGGCUCCGCAGACAGCCGCACAUUGGAACUGUCAUCAGUCGACACCCAGUACCACCUGUCUGAACUCUAUCCUGACACAGAGUACAGUGUGUCCCUCAUGGCCCGCCGAGGCGAAGUGACUAGCGUUCCUGUCCUUGAGACCUUCACCACAGAUCUAGAUGCACCUACGAACCUGAGGGCCGUAGAUCAGACAGACGAGAGCAUCACGUUGGAGUGGAGAAACAGCCAAGCCAAUGUUCCCAGCUACCGCAUCAAAUACGGACCACUAUCUGGAGGGGAACACGGGGAGCUGACCUUCCCUACAGGUCCAGAGGACACCACGCAGGCCAAGAUUUCAGGUCUCAGGCCUGGGACUGAGUACGGCAUGGGAGUGACCGCAAUCAAAGAUGAGAAGGAAAGUGCUCCCACCACCACGAAUGCUGUGACUGACCUUGAUGCUCCUAAAGAUCUGGAGGUGAGCGAGGCCACAGAAAACACAUUGGUGCUGAUCUGGAGGAGACCUGUAGCUACGAUAGAUGUCUACAAGCUGGUGUUCGUGGCUGCUGAUGGCCACAAGGCCGAGAUCGAAGUUCCGGAUAGUGUCAGCACCUACAUACUGAAGGACCUGAAACCUGGCAUGCUGUACACCAUCACCAUGAUCGCUGAACGAGGGAGGAAGAAGAGCGCUCCAGCGAGCAUUCAGGCAUCUACAGACAAUGAAAAGCCCCUAGUGGGCAACAUUACCAUCUCUGCGGUAUCCUGGGACGGCUUCAAUAUAUCCUGGGAUCUGAAGAGGGACGAGUUUGAUGGCUUUCUGAUCGAGGUGGCUGACCCAGAUGGUCUUUCUGAAGGCCAGAACCACACUGUCUCAGGACAGACGCACAGCUUGGCUAUCACUGAUCUCUCUCCUAGCACUUUCUACAGGGUCGUUCUAUAUGGCCUGUACAGGGGAGAUCUCUUAGAGCCAGUGUUUGGGGAGGCUAUCACAGAGGCAGAACCUGAGGUGGAGCUUCUUUUCGCCUCCAACAACAAGCCGGACGGUUUUAUGCUGCAGUGGACGGCUCCUGAAGAAAUCUUUGAAACGUUUAUUAUCAAACUCUCUGACGGAUCGGGCAAGCAAAGGCAGAUGAGUGUAUCAGGAGACAAGAGAGUAGACGUGAUCUCUGGCCUCAAUGAGGCUACAGAGUAUGAAAUUGAGCUCUUUGGGACAAUUGGAGGACGGAACUUCAAGCCCAUUUCUGUGAAAGCUCUAACAGGUCUGGGCAAACUAAAGGGUAUUCACUUCUCUGAUGUCACCGAUACCUCCGCCAUCGUUCACUGGACUGCCCCCCAUUACCAAGUCGAUGCCUACCGAGUCACCUACCUGCCCAUUCAUGGAGGCACUCCCAUAACAGCCACAGUGGGUCAACAUAAAUCCCAGAUUGCCCUGUCCAACCUGACACCCGGGGUGACCUACAGAGUGAGCAUCAUAUCAUUGAAGGGUCUGGAGGAGAGUGAGCCAGCCUCUGAUACUUUUACAACAGGUCUGGGACAACCAAAAGGCAUUCGCUUCUCUGAUAUCGCUGAGACAUCUGCCACUGUCCACUGGACUGUCCCCCAUUAUCACGUCGAUGGCUACCGAGUCACCUACACACCCAGUCAUGAAGACACUCCCAUAACAGUCACAGUGGGUGGAGGCGAAUCCCACACUGUCCUGCCCAAACUGACACCCGGGAUGACUUACCGCGUGAGCGUCACAUCAAUGAAGGGUCAGGAGGAGAGUGAGCCAGCUUCUGAUACUUUUACAACAGGUCUGGGACAACCAAAAGGCAUUCGCUUCUCUGAUAUCACUGAUACCUCUGCCACUGUCCACUGGACUGUCCCCCAUUAUCACAUCGACAACUACCGAGUCACCUAUGCACCCAUUCAUGAAGGCACUCCCAUGACAAUCAUAGUGGGUGGAGGUGAAUCCCAGACCGUCCUGCCCAACCUGACACCUGGGGUGACCUACCGCGUGAGCGUCAAAUCCGUGAAGGGUCAGGAGGAGAGUGAGCCAGCUUCUGACACUUUUACAACAGGUCUGAGCAAACUAAGGGGUAUUCGUGUCUCCGAUGUCUCGGAAACCUCUGCCACCAUUCACUGGAUUGUUCCCCAUUACCACAUUGACAGCUACAGAGUCACCUACACACCCACUAAUGCAGAAAGUCCAGUAACAGUCAUAGUGGGUGGAGGUGAAUCCCAGACUGUUCUUCCCAACCUGACACCUGGGGUGACCUACCAAGUGAGCGUCAUAUCAGUGAAGGGUCAGGAGGAGAGUGAGCCAGCCUCUGAAAUUUUUACAACAGUUCUGGGCAAACUAAAGGGUAUUCGCUUCUCUGAUGUCACUGAUACCUCUGCCACCGUUCAUUGGGCUAUCCCUCGUUAUCGCGUUGACAGUUACAGAGUCAGCUACGUGCCCAUUCAAGGAGGAAGAUCUAUGGCAAUCACAGUGGAUGGAAGUGAAUCACAGACUGUGCUGCCCAACCUGACACCUGGAGUGACCUACCAAGUGAGCAUCAUAUCAGUGAAGGGUCUGCAGGAUAGUGAGCCAGCUUCUGAUACAGUAACAACUGCUUUGGACAAGCCUCAUGGAUUGGUAGCAGUCAACAUCACGGAUACCACGGCGCUCUUGCACUGGCAGCCUACAAUUGCCACAGUGGAUGGAUACGUGAUCACCUACAGCACAGAAUCAAUACCCCCAAUAACAGAGCGAGUUUCUGGAAACAUUGUGGAGUUUGAGAUGAGCUCGCUCUACCCUGGCACUGAGUACAACGUCAAAGUCUACGCAGUGAGGGAAGCAGCCAAGAGUGCAGCCACGACCACACAGUUUACUACCGAUAUUGAUUCCCCUGAGGACCUGGAAGCCAGUAAUAUCCAGACAGAGACCGCUACACUGACCUGGAAGGCACCACAAGCACAAAUCACUGGCUACAUCCUCACCUACGAGUCUGCUGAUGGUACAGUCCGGGAGGUCGUCCUCAGCCCCACAUCCACGUCAUACAACAUGAAUCAGCUCAGUGCCUCCACAGAGUACACAGCGCGCCUGCAGGCCAUCUCCGGCCCCCUGAGGAGCCACAUCAUCUCCACUGUUUUUACCACCAUCGGAGUCCUAUACAGACAUCCGAAGGACUGCUCCCAAGCUCUGCUGAAUGGAGACACCACCUCAGGCCUUCACACGAUUUACCUGCGUGGUGAUGAAAGCCAGCCCUUGCAGGUCUACUGCGACAUGACUACAGACGGAGGCGGCUGGAUCGUAUUUGUCAGGAGGCAGAGUGGUAAACUGGAUUUCUUCCGUAACUGGAGGAACUACACUGCAGGAUUUGGGGACAUGAAUGAUGAAUUCUGGCUGGGUCUCUCGAACCUGCAUAAGAUCACCUCUUUCGGCCAGUACGAGUUGCGAGUGGAUCUCAGAGAUAAGGGUGAGCAGGCAUACGCUCAGUACGACAAGUUCUCUGUAUCGGAGCCACGCAGUCGCUAUAAGGUCCACGUGGGAGGCUACAGCGGCACUGCAGGCGAUUCGAUGACUUACCACAACGGCCGUCCUUUCUCGACUUACGACCACGAUAAUGACAUCGCUGUCACCAACUGUGCCCUCUCGUACAAGGGAGCUUUCUGGUAUAAGAACUGCCAUCGGGUCAACAUCAUGGGACGAUAUGGAGACAACAGUCACAGCAAAGGUGUGAACUGGUUCCACUGGAAGGGUCACGAGCACUCCAUUGAGUUUGCCGAAAUGAAGCUCAGACCGUCCAACUUCAGAAACUUCGAGGGAAGAAGAAAGCGAUCGUAAAAGAUUCAUUUUAAAAAAAGCAAAUGUAAAAAAAAAAAAAAAGCCCUCCUUUUUGCCAUUCUGCCCUUACUGCAUCAGUUCAACCUUUUCAGCUACCAAAGCAGAAGCUUCGCUGUAUCUCCCUCAUCUCUCUCUUUCUCUCUCCAUCUCUCUUUCUCUUCCUCAUUUAAUAACGCAGUUAUAAUUGACCUCUAUGAGUCCUUGGUCCAGGCCAGAGCUCGGCAUUGAUCGCAUACGGCGCCAGUAGCUUCAGUGCCGGUCAGCUUCAUUCACACUCACAAGUCUAUAUAUGAGAAGUUCACUCUCUCACUCACACACACAAACACACACACACACACACACCAAAGACCGCAAUCUUGAGCUAAAUCUUUCAGAAAGCACACUGUUAGAAGAGGUGACUAUUUUCAAUUUACAAAAAUAACAUAUCUGUUUCUAUACCCCAUCUGGCCACGGUAAUUCAAGUACGGUUUGUGUUCCAAGGGUGGAAUGUUUGUUUGUUUGUGUGUGUGUGAGUGUGUGUGUGUGUGUGUGCUCUUUUUUAGUGUUUGGUGCCUCUUCACUGUUUUAAGCGCCUCACGUUGAACUUUCAUGCAUCCAGUGGAGACGUUGAAACCCAUUUUGUGAAUAUUAGUCUCAGUGUGACACAUUAAACGACCCCCUGUCCUUCUACCAUCAUUCCAGCUGACCAGACAGGAAGGAAGGAAUGUCAUCAUGUAGCAUGUUUCCUGACAUUUGCACCAGAUAGACCACACACAAGUCUCGGUUUUAGACCUACAGACACUGUUCCAUCAUCAUCACCAUGCACAGUGUGGUGUGUUUCUUUCGCAACCUAUUGCAUGCUACGUUAAAGAGGCUGGUGCUGAUUUUUUCACUUGAUGACCUGGUGAUUUGGCAGUGUCACUGCAACUGGGACGCACAACUAGGUGUUUCAGUUGGUUUUUUAGCAACCGCAUCUGCUCUGAAGUAAAGGCAGGACCUAUAUCAGUACGUCGCUGAUGUAAGCAAGUUCACGCAGGCAGAUUAUGAGUGAAUAUGAUCAUGAACGAGAGCCAUAAGGUUAAUGUUGUGCAGCAGAUGAAUACUUAAGAAAGGCCACUUUCAUUUUGUAAUCAACAUUGUACAUUUAUAUAAAAGGUAUUGUACACAAAAUGAAUUAAUAUACAGAGUGAGUCCUCGUGUCCUCCCCACUGCCCCUCUUUCCCUCCCCUGACUCUGACACCUUUCCUGCUAUAGACUAAACCACUGACCCUAUAAAAUACCUGUGUAAAUUAAAGUCUCUUGUUCGGUAUUUGAAUAUGAUUUGUUUGUUCGUUUGUUCGUCUUUUUUUUUAAUUGGGUGAACAACAGCUGUUUCUCUGUAACCCAUAUUACAAUAAAAUGGAUUUUGUUUUUAAAAUA